GUUUCAAUUCGAACUUUUUUUUUCUUGCAUGAUGGUUAGCUAACCAUUUUCCACUCCUUGCGAUACUCUGCCAAUUGUGCCCAUCUACCACGCUGCCCUGCGCACGUAGCUUAGGUGUAACUUUCCAGGCUUGAAUGGUCUGGCUUCCAUACUCAUAUGAAAAGAAGUCUGUGGAAGCUCGCCGAUAUGGUCAUACCAUCAGUGACGGGCCUGGAUGGCAUCUUUGCCAUCAACAAGCCAAUGGGCAUGUCCUCGGCUCAGGUCAUCCGCGACUGUCAAGCUUACUUUCAGCCCUCUCGACUAUUUGCGCCAAUGCUCGCGCGCGAAGCAGAGGAGGCCCGUCGCGACGCCGCGACGCAGGGCAAACAUAACCGCAAAUGGAAGAAGAGGAAGCAGGACCCCCGCGUCAAGAUGGGUCACGGUGGUACGCUGGAUCCGCUGGCGACGGGCGUGCUGAUCCUGGGCGUCGGCCGCGCUACCAAGUCGCUCCAAAACUUUCUAGAGUGCACCAAGACCUACGAGACCAUCGUGGUGUUUGGCGCCGCUACCGACACGUACGACCGCGUCGGGCGCAUCCUGGCCAAGAAGUCAUACGACGAAAUCACGAGGGAUAAGGUUGAGAAGCAGCUGGAUGCGUUCAGGGGCAAGUACAAGCAAAUGCCCCCGCUGUACUCGGCUCUCAAGAUGAACGGCAAGCCGCUCUACGAGUACGCGCGUGAGGGCAAGCCGAUCCCACGCGAGAUAGAAACCCGCGAAGUCGAGGUUCUCGGUCUGGAGCUGUUGGAGUGGUAUGAGCCGGGUACUCACAACCACCGAUGGCCGACCGAGGAGGCUGGCAUUGCCGAGAAGAGCCUUGCUGAGAGCGUGUGGAGGGUGGAGCACGAGCAGGCGACUGGCAAGAAGCUGACGCCUGAGCAGGGAGCGGAGGAGGACCGGGCAUUUGCCGCCCACCAGUCGUUCAAGGAGCAAGCCGAGGAGCGUCAGGACAAGCUCGUCUUUGAGCGGGGUCAGAAGCGCAAGGCCGAAGAGAGCAAUGGCAGGCCAAACAAGAAGCAGCAGGGGAAGCAAGGCCGAGAACAGCUCAUGUCAGGAGCACUAGGAGAGCUGCCACCGGGAGGCCCAUCUAAGGGACGCGGGUCAGAUUUGGUGCCACCAGCUCCUAGCGCGGACACGCCACCGCCGUGGGACGGCAAGGGACCGCCAGCUUGCAAGAUCAGGAUGACUGUCACAUCAGGAUUCUACGUGAGGAGUUUUGCACAUGAACUGGGCGAGAAGGUGGGGUCGGCCGCAUUGAUGGCUGAGCUGGUCCGUAACAGACAAGGCGACUUUGUGCUCGAGGGGGACAACUGCCUCGAAUAUGAUGACCUUGUCAAGGGUGAAGACGCGUGGGGUCCAAAGUUGGAAAAGGUUCUGCACCAGUGGUCGUCGACACAUUUACAGGGGGUUGGACCUCUGAAGAGCGUCUACGCCGAAGAACCAAAGACUACCGCUGUCAAUCAGGAGGGUCCGUCGGGUACCGCCGCGGACAAGAAGCCAGCUACAGACGAGAAGCCAGCUGCAGCUUCUGUUGAAGAAUCCCAGACCAAGGAAUCAGGUGUCAAGGCGGAAGAGACAAAGCCAACGGAUACCAAGGAACCCGAACCCACCGCAGGACCGUCCACCGCUUAAACACUGCUGUCUACAGAUUGAUCCCGGAGGCCGCCUGCCAAGGCAAGUUACGUGCUUACUGUAUCCACAGGCUGGGCUUUCGGGUACCAACGACGACGCCGCCGCCGCCGCCGGCUCUGGAUCUUGCACAGAACACAACUGGUUCCAACAGCUUGAUUCUCUACUGAUUUUUGUUUACAUUGUAUUACGUGCAUAGCGAGUGGAGUAAUUAGAGGGUUAUUAAUUUUGCACGAUCCAAAUCAUUAUGUGCAAGUCGAACAAACUAUCUUGGUCUGGCGUCCAAAUUCAGUCUGUAGUGAUUACCCAUUCCCUCCCAUGCCUGCCUGCCCUGCCCUGCCCUACCCUGCCCGUCUUCCCGUCGUAUGGUAUCAAUUAUAUAGAACAAAAGAAAAUAGAACGAUAGAUAUUGGCCAUUGGUAAAACAAAAGCGCCUCACGACUCCUCGAGCAACUUCUUGACC